UCGUGGCGAGCGCGCAUGCGCGCGCGGCGUUUCCCAGCCUCCAGAAUGGACUCACGCACACAGGCGCAUAUGCAACCCUAUGGACCACAACGCAGCCAGCGACAGGGGUUAGUCACAGAUCUGCCGUCGCGCCAGACGGAGCUGUGGUCACGUUUCCGACGUGACGGCCGCGAGCCGCGUUGACGCGAAGUGCCGUACAGACACUACUGCCACAUUCGACGAUCCGCAUCGUUAAUUUUUGUUAUUUUUUUCCGCAACGACACAGUUACUCGGGCGUGCGUGGAGUUACCGUUUUGCGUUCGCGAAACAACUUCAUCCGUGUCAGCCGAGUCGCGUGACAGGGACGUCGUGUGCCGAGUCGCAUUCGAAAUACAACCCGGUCGUUUUUCCCCAGCGUGUGGACUGUCUCGUUCGUAAGUUACCGGUUUCUUUCGCCAGCGUCGGUUAAUACUGCCCCUCAACACUGCUGUUUUCGAUGGUACAGUUGUUACUGAAACAGCAAAAAUACCGUUUAUCUCACGCAGAUAUACAAUUUGAACCUAUAGUGAACAAUAUACAUUUCGUGUGCAAUACUGUUGUCAAAUUCUUGCUCUGAACCACCUGGAAACACGACAGUUCCAUUAAAGCAAGCAAUGCUCCACACGUGUGUCACGUUCAGCAAUGACAAUCAAAAAAACACCUUAAUUCUGAGGCGCAAAGAUUUUCGAAUAAUAAGCUUGAGUGUUGUCAGGCGUGCAGAAAAAAAGAACAGCGUCUUUUUCCGUGAAUAAGGAGAAGGACUACGAUAUAGCUAAUACAAAAAGUGAGAAAAAACAGAGACAAUGAAAGGAUGCAAAGUUAUUAUCUGGAUGAAAGUCAUGUUCUAUUCUGACCUAACAGCAGAGGUCGAAAAUAAUUUCUGACAAAAACGCACUGUAGUAUAAAAAUUCGUUCAGUGCAUGAAUCGGCAAUUCUAACAAAAACACUGCCUCGAGUGCUCCAGGUACUGGUGGAAUUCUUUUCUUGAAAAUCUCAGCGACGAAUGAAAUCACUGUAUUCUAUAUAAGAAUGUACGGCGAUCCGGAAAGCUCGCUGGCUCAACGGACAGAAGACGUAUAGACUGGCGCCACAUCCAUCGCUGUCAGCAUCAUCCGGCGUGAGAAAGGAAAAGUGCGAAGGGAAGUGAGUCAUUUGCGAGUUUUUUUGUUCGGCGGUGCGCGAGACGGGUAGAAGAGGGUGAGCUGCGAAGCGGCACUGCGAAAAUCGCAGCAGUUGUCCCAGGGUCCGGAGUGGAUUCUGUACGCUGCUCUGCCGGAGGGAGAAGAGAGAGGGGAGAGGAGAAGAGAGAGAGAGAGAGAGAGAGAGAGAGAGAGAGAGAGAGAGAGAGAGACGAGUGCAGUGCGACGUGCGGUGUGCUGCUAACUCACUCAAAGCGAUCGUUAGUCCCACCCACGCGAAUUCCCUACCCCCCUACCCUCAGUCCAACAGACCUGCUUUGCUCUCGGUGGAGGCAAGCAGCGAACGCGCAAACUGCAAACAGUAUUGAAAACCAAACAGCAGCUACUCUAGCGCGCGGAGAGUACAUAAUCUGGUUUCCGCAGACAGGAAACCCGCCACCGCAACAACGCGCGCGCACAGACCACCCCCGCGUUUGCCAGUCUAGCCUGGGGGCGCACUAACACAAAAGUCGCUCCGGAUAAACUGUUCCCGGCGGUUACUAACCUAAUUUGGUAACUCUCUCUCUCCCUGUGCUGGCCCCCGCGAAAGAACGACCUCUACGAAAAUCUGGACUCACGGGCGGCAAAUGAGGAUAAACAACUCUCCAAUACGGCGGACGCGAGGAACAAAAAGCACUCGCAGAAAUUGAGUAGAACGGCGCCCGAGGCAGUACAUCUGUCUCCGACCGCUCUUCCUCUUGGAAACCUGCAGAAGAAGAUGCUAAAAAAUUCAGAGAGCAACUCGGGCGAGGCAAUACGUGCGAAGCGCGUCUGUUUCGACAGUUGAAGACGGCGCUGUACUGCUCACAAAUCAAACUGAAUCACUUCCCCCAUCCUACUGCCGUACAACAAGACUUCUAUCCGAAACGAAUUGCUGAUGUAAAGUGCGCACCAGGAGAAAACUAUAUCAAAUACACUUGGGACACAAAAGAUGAACAGUUUUUUAUAUUAAAGCGAGCACGAUCAGAUAGACGCUGAAAUAUCAUUAACAAAGUCGUCGAAGAAAUUCUGUUCUGUAAAGACAGGUGGCAUUUUUAAAAAGACGUGUGACCCUGAGAAGCCAGAGAACUGGGUACUAUGAAACAAAUGGAGAAAUCUCUGUUGUGGUAGAAGUGCCGUAUCAAACAAGUGAAGAGAAAUUAAAAUUGUAUCGUGACAACAGUCUGAACUCCAGCUUGAUUGUCAAGCUAGUCAACGGUGAACUGAUUACUGCACUGUGUCAACGCGUACGUUAAUUCUGCCUCAUAUGAAAAGAAUAAGUACGUGGUACUGAGGAGUAAACUGACUUGACAGUAAUUUCCACCAUUUACGCAAGAGGGAAAGAAGAAGCAACAAUACAUGUUUCUCGCCUGUCACCUUUAAUCCGUACGCGAGCAGCUAAUGCGACGGCAGUUCCAAAAAUGAUAGAAAGGAGAAAGCAUCAUGUGCCGUAAUUUUGUUGCACUCGGCAUUCUCUAAAUAAACCAAUUCCCGCUCACUGGGCUGCCUGUAAUUCUGCAUAGAAUAAUUAUUAUUAAUUGUCCCCCCAGGGCCGAUAGGAACAAUCACAGCUGCGCCCGCACAGCGCACGGGAGACCAGGGCAGCGAUUUCGCAUUCGAUCCCCCCUCGCACCCUCUUCUCACUCCUCCCCUAGUUGGCCGCAUAGCGAAUUCGUUCGCUUGGACCCCUCCGCGCGCACGUGUGUGUGAGUGCACGUGCGCCCGUAUUUGCGCAGUCAACUGGGGCCACCAUUCAGGGCCAUUUUGCGCUCUCGCGCCCUCCAAAGCGCAACAUCCGUGCCGCUAGAGUAAAAAAAAUAAAUAGACCUUGAUUAAACAAAUAUAUCGCUGAAAUUUAAUAACAGCGGUGUGUUGGUGUGUGUGGGAGAACUCCCCCAACCCCCUCUAGCUCAAUCAGUCAACAGAGGAAAGCAAUCUGCCGAAAUUAUUCUAUAAACACAGCAGGGGGGCGGCAAUCUGUUGAACAGCGCGCGAACUGCAGCCAAUUCCGACGAAACAGUGGUGGACAAACAACUGAACUGCCGAAGCACCCCCUUCCCCUCGCGGAAGUAUCGGUUGGGACAUUAAUGGCUUCCUCCGCCAGGAAGCUGACACAACACUGCCAGUGAUCGAAAAGCCAACGCAGUUAGCGCAGGACUCUAAAUAACAACCAGGAAGGAAUCGAAAACGGAAAUCGAGAGAUAGUGAAGUUGGAACCACGUUUCGCUGUGGUGUCAAUCGCCGGACAAAUACAAAAUAAAGAGGCAAAUCGUUUCGGAAGCCUGACAGAUUUGCGUCAUCAAGCAAGUGAUCAUAAAUACAGUGCACUAAAAACUGGGAUCAGUAGCCGACACAUGGUUGAAACAAGUGCAAUUUGCCAAACGGACAAUACAGAUAACUUCUGAGGAAGUUCGAGAGUGUGAAAAAGCAGAUCGUCCCAACGAAAAUAAAGUCUGCAAGUUUCCUAGUCGGCAUUACCAAAGAAUUGCUACUAUCUAGUCAUCUAACAGCUCAUCCACUUCUGGAGAAUUAAUUGGUGAAGGAAAGCUCAUAUCGAAAUAGGGCCCCGAAAGUUGUCAGCCUACUGGCGAAUUUUCCAGUGUCGAGCAAGUAAACGAACCAGUUUCGCUGAAAUAGCUGUUCCGGAGAACGCAGGAGCAAAAGCGCCGCUGAGCUUUUUCACCACCUCGUAGCUCAUCGCGUCAGGGGGGAAAUUGGAGUGAUAUUGUUCCGUUGUUUGACGCGAAAGGGGAAACGUAACGGGCUGUCAGGCUGCGAAAUAAUGAACUCUGCCCCGCCGUGAAACUGAGCGAUCAAUCAUCUCGCUCUCCGACGUGCGCUUCCGCCUCGAAACGGCUAGCGCGCUUUAAUUUGAUCGUCGGCCCUGCGCGCGGAUACGAGAGCAUCGCAGUGACGCCGUCAGCAGAAAAAAAGAGCUGAAAAAUAAAAAACGGCGGGAGGGCCUCUCAUAUUUUAACACACAUUACACGCCUGGAAAACUCCAACUUUGUGCUCAAGGACGAUCAUAACGGUAUUAAACGCGCUGCAAGCUUGAAUUUUCAGUUGACACCGACAGACUUUUGAAGUGUUCUUCGAGGAUGACUUCCAAUCCUUUGCUAAACCACGUUGCCGCAUCAUUAUUUCCUGGAUCGUGUGACUGACAGCUCAAGAAUUUAGGUAACUGUGGGGACGAGUUCACUUGGAAACUCCGGCGAUGCAAAACGUGUGGCUAUUUGUGCUUUUGUCCCUGUUGUGGAUAAAGUUUGAAGCUGUGACAUGACGUGUACAGAAAUUCGCCAGAGACGUGUGUGUUAUUUUACUCUGUUCAAUGCGGCCAAAACGGCGAAAUGAAAUGGUGAAUUAGACGACAGUAGUUUAUCCGACGUGUGGUACCUUGCAUUUAUCGACUGUUGCUACCCGUGUUAGUAAUCUGGCUAAGAAAUUCGCUGACGUAUCAACAUAGUGGGUCAGACUCGAGAACUGCAAAGAAGAAAAAAAUCAAAUACGACCUGGCAUUUCCUGUAAGGUCAUCUCAAAUCAUUGAAAACAGAUCCCCUAAGACGACAAAAAGGAAUACUUUAAUGGUCAGUAUUCUAAAAUUACUUGACUCUGAAGUGAUGAACUAUUAUAGACAGUGGUCGAACAGUCUGGGCCAGAGUUUCGUCUCUCGUAAAAUGGUAACCGUGCUGGGACAUGGACAGUCGGAAGUAGGCAAACCACGGUGACCCUCAAAGGCAGACAUGAGUCCUGGAACGGUAACUACGAUUUGUACUCUCCUCUUGGUGGUAGUGCUCGGCGCUGGAGGCAGACCGGGGCACGGCAGACCCGAGAUCAGUUCUGGAGUCUGGAAUGACGCCAGCAAUGGGACGUGGUGUACUUGUGCCCAUGCAGCUGGUGUCUGCACAGACGUGAUGGCCGCACUCUACGGAGGUGGCUCUUCGGCGAUGACCGCGGAUGCCGUUUCCAGCCCUUUGUCCAAUAUUGUGGCUCUCCACGUACGCCAGUGCCACCUACAGACCUUGCGGCGUGGCGCCUUCCGCAACUUUGUUCGCCUGGAAGAGAUGGACGUGUCCUACUGCUUGGUCCGCCGCAUCGAGACGACAAGCCUUCCGCCAACUCUCCAACGCCUGCGACUCCGAGGGAACCUGUUGGACACACUCCGCUCCGACUGGCUCUCGACUAGGCUGGCUGUCCUCAGAGUGCUAGACGUGUCCGGCAACGCUGUGGCAGCCAUCGACGAUGGAGCCCUGUCGUCUCUGCCACUGCUGGAGCACAUCGACCUGUCGAAAAACAGGCUGACUACAGUCCGUACGACGUGGUACGGAAACGUCGGACUGCCAGCCCUUCUCACACUCGAUUUGUCAUCCAAUAAUAUAAGCUUCCUAGAGGCAGGGGCCUUUCAAUAUCUGCCUGCUUUGGAGCUACUCAACCUGUCAGGAAAUGCAUUAGCUGAACUGCACGCAGAAUCCUUCCGUGGUCUCUCAGGGCUUAUCAGACUGGAUCUUUCACACAAUAAUUUGACUGCGGGAAGCUUCUCAGGUCUGUCAGCACUGGAAGAGCUGCAUCUUAGGGGGAAUGGAAUGCAGAAGCUCCACAAGGGGGCAUUUGCUGGACUGUCAGCACUUCUAGUGUUAGACCUGGCAUUCAACGCCAUCGUCGACAUGGAACGCGGUGCGUUCAAUGGUGCAACAUCACUGGAGCGGCUCGACUUGAGCGGCAAUAAAUUGGAGUGCCUGGAGGCUGGGUGGUUGGAUGGUCUUGUGGUGUUACUACACCUCAACUUGUCAGCAAACAGACUCCGUGCACUUGCAGAUGACUGCUUUGCCCCAUUGGUAUCGUUACAAAAAUUGGACUUGAGUGAAAAUGCGCUGUCGGCACUCCCAGCACCGGCACUGGCGCUAUCAUCUCUUGCGGAACUGGAUGUAUCACGCAAUGCGCCACUUCGAAGACUGCUUUUGGCCGGUGGACGACUGCGAGCAGUGGAUGCUACGGCAGCAGCCCUGACCCGUCUCCCAGAGGCACUGACGCAGUCUGUGAGAACACUGCACCUCGCUGACAAUGCCGUCACAACCGUACGCUGUGGAGAUGCAGAUAGUUACCCACUACUGGCACUGCUUGACCUGCGCCACAAUGGACUCUCUGAAGUGGAGGAAGAUGCGCUGGGACGCCUCGAACUGCUUGCCACACUGCUACUAGCUGGUAAUGCUUUAAAUUUUGUGCCUCGCAGUCUGCCAGCUGGUCUGAAGCUCCUGACACUGGAUUACAAUCCCAUCACCGAGCUGACACCGGCCGAUUUCCGAGGCCUGCCCAGGCUGAGAGUUUUAUCACUUACAUACUGCCAUAUCACAAACAUUGUCCACGGAACUUUCUCAGCUCUGCCGUCACUUCAAGAACUGGACCUAUCUGGGAAUCCCCUAGUUUCCCCACUGCCACUGAUAUCUGGUCCUCUCGGUCUCACAAACUUACGUCUUUCGAACCUAACAUGGGACACCUCCACCGACUACACAUCCACAGCCUUCCCAGUUGCUGCACCUGAGCGACUGGAGCUUCUUCAGCUGGACGGCAGUCCAGAGCUGGCUCGUGGUCUGCUUGAGGAUUCUGCAACACUGGCUGCUUGUGGACAACUCAGAGAGCUCAACCUGGAAAAUGUGGGCCUGACCCAGCUGCGGCCUGAUCUGCCACUCCUCCUCCCUCGUCUCAGGCUCUUACAUCUGGCAGGCAACCCUUGGAGCUGCACAAUGGAGGAGGUACUGUGGUUGGCACAGUGGCUUCACCAGCUGUCGGAAGUGAAUGAUCGAGACAAACAACGGGACAACGUUGGAGCCAAAGCAUUUUGUGCUGAACCACCACCACUGCGGGGCAUGCCAGUCAAUCAGCUUACGGAAGAAAAACUAACUAGAAGCCUAAAAGGGUGGCAAAAGCCUCCCCCUGCACAAAUGACCCUGUCUAGACCUUACACAACACACACUGUACUAUUCCAUCCUCCUACCAUCACACGUCCACCAAAGAAUCUUCAGCCUCAACAACUGACCACUACAGUCCCCAGCAGAGAAUUUUCAACUGGCGGGCGACACACUACAAUGGACAGAGGUGCGUCAACUCGUCGAGACAAGAAUGGUAACGCCAGACUCGUCACUACUUUGACACCGGCAACAGCUGCACCACAUCAACCUGCUGCACCACAUCAACCCAUCACUGAAACUCAGUUUGCCAACGACUCUGACAGCCAGACGGAGGCCAGCAGAUCAUUCAGCACUUCAGACAGCGAUGGAAGUUCCAGUCAAAGGUAUGGAUCACCACCUGACAGUUCUGUAUCACCAACCAGUGACACUGUGACUGCAUCUGAAUGGUUGCCCCCAGCUACAUUAUCUGGAGUGACUAUGUCUACAGACAUACAGACAGUCUCAAUAAGUUCACUCAUCCAUCUUACCUCCCCAAGUAUGUCUCUUAAUACUAAUGCUAGUAAUAGUGUUACUACUGUUGGUUCCCUGCCAGAUACCAAAGCAACACUUGCAACCACUGCCAUAGAAUGUUUAGGACAAGCACAGAGCAAUCCUCUACUUGGACAAGUAGAACAACCAUGUGGAUUAGCUCCUGUGACAGUGCCACUGGACAUGCAGACAUCCACAGUCACAGAAGUUACUCACCUAUCCAAGCCACAGCCUCAAAAAAAUACUGCACUGAACGCACUAAACAAAACAGUGCAACAAACACAUUCAAAUGAGGGGAGUCUAGUUCGUCCAGGGGAAAGCAGAGUAAUACUCAAUAUCACAGUUCUAACAUCGCACAGUGAAAACACUACACGACCUCGACCUGCUGACGUCACCACACUCCGUUCUGUCAAGGCAGCAUCACAUGUAAUCAGGGUAAUCAAAUUGUUGAAUGUAAGUUCAUCUGCCAGCACAGCCACAAAAAAGAAUGUUUUAGCCAGUGGGUCACAGAGAGUAUUACACAGUAAACCAGGACAACAUCAAUCCGGUACAACAGUUCCAACCAGAAUGAACACUGAUGAAAAGCAGACAACAUGGUCUAUACGUAUCACAAAGGAAAGGCAAAAUCAUACUGCCUAUACUCGUCCUACAAUGAAACCUCAAGAUGAUCUGUCUAUUGCCCAUUCAAAGCAAAAUGUGAUGUCAAGAAAACAUCAGAAAACACCGCAGGCAUCAGUGAGACAGUGGAAAGCCCCAACAAGAAGUCAAGUUGGCCGGAUUCCUUGGCCAAAAGAGCAGGAUGAACAAUACACAAGGAAGGCAACAACAUUCAAUGACAAAAGAGAGAAUCUGGACCCUAAUAACAGUGUUCAAAAGGCACAAAAUGAACAAGGUACACAUGACCAUGUUGGAACUGUUAGCAGUCCAUUCUAUGCUGUCCAUUACAAAGAUGAGCAGACGACAGCCACUUGGCCAGAAGUUACUGCCAAUUUAUUAAGACAGGGAGAAAUUCACAAUGCUCAACCACAAAGCAUGGCCAAAACUACUGCUCGAAAGGAGCACCCUUCUUUAAAUGUAUUGACAACGCAGAAUCCUGUUUUGGAGCUGAUUCCCAAGUCAGAAAAAGCAGGAAAACAUGCGAAAACACAACAUUAUGCUGAUACUGAUCUGGCUGGUGUUAUAAAUGGAACGUAUGACAAUAAGAUGGCUGUGGAAUAUGAAGUGGAAGGAAGUAGCAGUGAACUUCCUGGCACCAGCCAGCAGGUGGAGUAUAGUAAUAUGCAAACCUUAGCAGCAACAACUGGUAAAACAAGCAAUAAUUCUCAUCACAUGUCUUCGACAGCAGAAACACCGACCAAUUUGGAAGACAAUGAGAGGUGGCGAAUUACUGAGACAAAUAAUUUUGCUACCACAGAGAAACAGCCAGUUGCUGAGGCUGGCAAAGCUGCUCGCGAGGUGCUUAGUACGAGCACUGCUUCGAACAUUGGCACCCUUUCUUCUCAGGCAGAACCUAUUAGAAAAGGCACACCCAUGUCACCAAGUCCAGACACAUUGCUUGUUGCCACUCACAGAUCAGAUGAACUGUUGCACAAGAAUGGAGUACAAAAGAGGAUAAGAAUUAACUCAAGACGUGGCACCCCACCAAAUGCUAAUAGUGGGCUGGUAACGUAUAAUCUCAUCAAUGAAGAUACUGACAACAAAACAGCAAAGGAUGAUUCAUUAGAACAAGAAGGGCCUCAUUCAAUUGAAGUAACACAAUCGGUGGAUGGGAGUCACAGUAAUGUUGGUAACCAUGGAAAGGAUAUUGUAGGGACCAGUGCAACUGUGAAUGAAUACAGGGAAACUAUCGACCCAAACAGGCCUUACAGUCACUCCGAAGAUCAUGGUGACGAUAACUUUGUGAGCACAGUAUCUGGGCAUCAAAGUCAGUCACUUAGCGAUUCACUACUUACUGUCUGGCAACGACCAACAUCUGUAGCUACUUUAGGAGAGGGAGGAAGAACAACUCAAGAAAUUGGCAAGGAUGCCUCUGAAGUGAUACGGCAACGUAUAUCGAAAGUCCUCCGUGAAUCGACUGAGAAUUCAGACGAAGAUGGUGAGGGUGUAAGGACUCGUGAGAGCACGAUAUUAAAAGCUGAAGGAUACAGGACUACUGCUGAAAGGAUAUUUGCAGAUGGGGAGCUGGCCCCUGCCGGAUACGGGAGUAUCAGAGAAGCAUUUCUGGAGUUGGGACACAGAGGGGACGGACCAGGAAACGAAAGGGAAGCAUUCUACAGUCGCCAAGUGGGUGACGAGGAGGCUGAGGACGAAGAGCUGCCCUCGACAGCGCACAGCGGUUCUCACCCCGGCAUGUUUGUACUCCUCGCCGUCGGGGCCGCUCUCGUCGCUGCCCUUGGUGCCGCACUGCCGCACCUGGCUGCCAAGCGAGCAGCAGGUGGGAGUGGGAGCAACACCGUAGCUUUUGGCGGUUACAGCAGGCAGCGCGAGGAAGACGACUAUGGAUUUGGUGGCGGGGCAGAUGAGGAUAUCGAAGUGCGUACCAUGACAGAACUCUGGUGACGAUCGCCACGAGGGCCCGAUGCAGCAAACAUUCCACUGCUUGCGAGAGAUACUUGAGAUUUAAAAAAGUUCUGUUGUAUGACAGUUUCAUAGAUGUGAGUCAUUACCUCCAAACAAAUGGGGGGUGCAAAGAAACAAGAAAACCAUAUUUGUGGAAUAUCAACGUCCGUUUCACAAAAUGGGAUUACCCAACUGCAAAGGUUCACUGUCAUAUGAUCUGACACCCACAGUAAAAUUUUUGUGAGACUUCAGCAUUACAGCAAGCAGACAUCAAUUAUUCUGACAUUGGGUAAUGUAAUAAUCAGAAUAUAAAAAUUACAGCCAAAUGGGCAAUAUACCACCAAACAGCCUGACUGAUAAAUCAGAUGCCUCAAAGUACCACAAACACAUCAUCACAACAGAAGUGUUGGCAGUGCAAGAAGUCAACCAAUACACCUAUAAGAAUUCCACACCUUCCACAAGUCUUCAUCAAAAAAGCGCAGUACACACAAACAUGAACCAAUGAAAUCACCUCUGCAUAAUAUUGAAAUUGCACUGCAUCUUAUUAAACAUAAAAGGAGCUAUAAUGUAAUCAGUGACUCUCCAUUUAAACCAGAUGUCCAACAGGUUCCAAAUGGAAUAUAAAGCAUGGUCAACAUUGACAAUACAUUGAAAUAAUACCCAUCAAAUCAUCUUUUCAUGAUUAAUGGAUAUCUGGAAAUUAUUUUGACAAUUUCGUCCAGAAGCCAUAAAUCACAUGUAAACUCUUAGUAAGAGGCCUUGUGAGCUGCUAUAUCAGUAUUAAGAUUACGAAUAUGGUAGUCAAGCAGAUAACAUAUGAAAACUGAUGUCUGUUAUAUGACAACAUUCAUAAUAAUGGCAAUGUCAUCAUCUCAAAUGAGGCUACAAUGCUAAAGUAACAUUUAAAAGUGAAUAUUUUAGAUGAAUGAGCAGUGAAAGCUCCAGAAGAAAUUUAGAGAGUACAUGGAACGCAAAUGUCUCUUGGCAUUAGUUACUAAAUGUCUGAUAAAUCAUAAUAUAACCACCAUGCAGUGUCAAUGUGGUGAUUUCAUAGCGCUCUUUGAAUCUAUAACCUAUAGAUAAUAGGUGAGCGUAUAAUGCACGACAACUAGUUAUUUGCACAUACAGAGAAAAAUAUAAGACCCAUUCAAUGACUGUAUUACCAAUAGAACAGCAAACAGUGCUGAUAGAAUUUAUACUGUUGUACUUGCUGGAAAUGAAUGUAGUGGAGCAGACAGGCCAAGAGAAAGAAUGUCAAGGAAACAAAAACGCACAAAAGGAAAUGUUUUUUAUAUUUAACCGUUUCACAAAGAAGCAGUUAUUGGAUGUAUAUCUGUCUAUUAACCACACCAUCGGUAGACACUGCAUAACCAUUGUCAUCACAUCACUCCAUUACAUAUCAUAUAUAUAUUUCACAAUAAAUCAGAAUGAUAAAUAUGUGGCUUUCCACUUAUCAGCUCAAUAAUAACUGGACAUGGAAACAGUAUUAAAAACAAAAUUCCAUCAAACUGAAAGAGAUAUCCGAAGACUUUUGUAACAGACAUCAAAACUAAAAAUCAUCCAGCGGGAAGUGUGAGUUCAGUAACACAUCUACAGAUCAAUUCCUGUAAAACAAUACACCUAACUUAGAUCUGUGUCAUAUAAAUGCACAUGUGGAAAUGUAUCUGCCAUCAAGAGUGAGAAUUAUGGGAUACAAUUUGCUGGUUAAAAGUGCUACCACUAUUCUAACUGCUAUCCACUGAAAAACCAUUUACACGCCAACUGCAUCAUCACAGAUAACAACAGCCUUCAGGAUAUCCACGUCAUACAGCAACAUAUUUUCAUCAGUUUCACUCUUCAACAUACUUGUUGUGCUACAUUCCAGAAAUCUUCAAAGUUUCAGUGUAAGUGAGACAUUUAAUAGUCGUGUGUUAAGUUCUUAUUUUGGUUUUUAAUUCCUUUUGCUAUGAGAGUGUUUUGGUAGAUUAAAUGGUGGUAGUACUAGUAUGUAUUUUUCAAUUACUGCAGAACUAUUUAAUAACAGACUCACAAUAAGUGUACACUACCAGAGAAUGAUCUCACUUUAAAAGACCUCCAUGUUUCCCUUCUUUAUGCACACUAAUAUUGACCAAACAGCUUGUCCGAAGAACCUCAUUAAUAUACUAGUACGUCUUUUGAGAAUACAAGUACAUACAAUCCGAAAAUAUCAUGGCACUUCAAAGUUUAUGGUGUGGCUAUGUUGAAAAUAUCCCCUUCAAGUAAACGAUUUAAAUGUUUUACUUUAAAGGGCAGAUGAAGGACUUGUAACAUUGUAGAUUAAGCGAUAUGUUCUCUGCACAGGUUUUUAAGUAGUAGGGAGGUGUACUAUGUUGCAACAAGAUGUCAGGAAAUUGUAAUACAUUUUAAUGCAAUAAUACAACACAUUAGCAUUAUCUUUCUCUCUUACAGUUAUUAUAUGUGCUAGGUUUGUAAUGAUACGAACUAGACAGAUUUCCAGAGUAAUUAGAUUGAACUUUCAUCACCACAUUUCAAUUUUUAUUUCAAUUAAAUGAUCUGAACUUGAAAAGUGGUACCAAAUUGUCGUUUCACACAUUCAUCACAAAAGUUUUAUAAACAAAUUGUGCCAAUAAUAGUGCAUAAUGGACAUACAUGUUCUACUAACACAAUUUUGGUAAAUUUCCAAGUGCGCACUACAUCAGUUCAUACAUUUAAGGACUUCUUAUAUAUAUAUAUAAAAAAAAGAAAGAACAGUGUAAAGUACAGAAAUGUUAAAAUCCUCCAGUCUAUCUUGCAUUCCCAGAUGUCUAUGUAAUUGUAUUGUAAGAAAUUUUUCCCCUACAAAAUAUUGUGCCAAAAAAGCUGUAUAUUUUUUUACAAAAGCUUUUCUUCUACCAGACAACAAUGUGUGUAAAUGUGCUUCCCAGAUUGUUUACUGUAAAGAGAUUUGAAAUAUGCAAAUUCUUCUGUAAGUGUAAUUAUUUUUAAUAGAAAAUAUUUCACUGAACUGUUUUAUAUAUUUUACAUUUACAGUCUUAACAAGUGUGAAAACUAAAUGUUAUCCAUGGACAAACCUUAGAAUAAGUCAAACAAACAGAAAAUGAGACACCUCAGUGCAAAAGCAAAACCAACUCUGUCAACCACAGCAAGCAUUGCCAUACUUCAAUGUGACUAUCUAAACGUUUGCAACAUUCAGUUCUUUACAGCUUAAGAGGUGAGAUAAUACAAAUAGUCUGAAAUAAGACAAACUGCUAAAAACAAAAAUCUGCACUGAGAACAUAGACUGAACAUUCAAAAAAUUCAUGAUUUAUUUCAAUUGCAAUGCAGAUAUCAAAUAAUUUUUUGGUUGAAGGAAAAUUAUGUAAAAAAAUUACUGUAUCUGUGAGAGAUAGUCUUAUCAUCAGACCCAAUAACUUUUUAUCAUAUGUUCUGAUGUAAGUCGGAGCCUAUUUUAAGCUUGUAGAAUUUGAAUUUAUUACCUUGAAAUUACGAGGCUGUCAUAAAGCAAAGACAAAUGGCAUAUUUUUGCCCUGACUUUUUUUAAAACUUCAGUGAUGAUAAAUAUUCACUGUUGGAAAUGUGGUAGUAACAAUGUUUGUACAAAGCUCCCUACCGAAUGUAUGUGGAGACGUUUGCAUAUUCUCGGGAGUAAAGAUGAAAGGAUUUUUGCUACUGUUUCAUAGUAUAAAAUUACAUUUCUUAUGAAUGAUGGUGUAUUGACUGCAGGCAAAUAUAGACACUUGAGAAUAAUUAUUUCUGUAUUUCUGCUUCACUCUCAGAAAAUAAGGAAACAACACCAAACUCCUUUCUCCUCUAUGAGAUCCUCAACACUAUAAGAGACUAAUACACUUAUGUUCACUGUCCUACAGCAAAACAAUACGGACAUAAUAAAGGAAUUUCUAUCAUAUUAUCAUAAUUAAUAAGUCGGUGGCUUGAAAGUGUACUAGAAUGUUAGAUGUUAUCAAAUAAUAUUAAUGAGA